AAGGAAGAUAAAAACGCUGCGGCGAUUCCGACAUUUGCUUCGCCUGCUUCUCAUCCAUGAUACUCGCCUCCUCCAAACCCUUCCCUGGUCCCAUGCCUCCCUCAAAUUCACCCCCUUUAUUAUCCAUGCAGCCUCUAGGACCCGCUUCCCAGACAAAUACUACAGAGUCCGCGAAUCAAAAUAGCGCUGCCACCGACAAAUCUUCUGCCUCCCCUAAACUCACUUCAGCGGGGCCUCCAGAGCGAGAAAAGCCUCGAUUGACGGAACAAGAGAAGAAAAACAACCAUAUUGCGUCCGAGCAGAAGCGUCGCGCGGCGAUCCGCGAAGGCUUUGACAGACUUACGGAGCUUGUUCCUGGCCUAGCCGGUCAAGGACGCAGCGAAGGCAUGGUUCUGCGAAAGACCGUGGACUUUAUUCGUGUCAAGCUCCAAGAGAGACAAGAGUUGAUCGAAGAGAUAGAGAAGAGAGGGGGAACGGUGGAUGGUCGGGCACGCAAUAUAGUGGAAAACACUUGACAACAACUUUGGAAUACCCCGGUUUCGACGUUGCGGCAAGUUAUACUCUAUAUAAAAGUGGCCAGAGGACAGGUGAUGAUUGCUUUCACGGCGUUGACGAAUUGCUUUCGCGAGCGGCCCGUUAAGAUUACUAGACAGCGGCUCUCUAGAAGUACAAAACGGCAUUUAUUUCGAUAUAUCGGACUAUGAUCCGUGACUUCUCUUCUUCCUCAUACAGCCGCCCGGCGAGGUUCCAGCUAAAGUUGUCCUCUACCGAAGUGGAAUUCGUGGUACAAAUUUGGAUAAUUCUCCCGAGCCAGACGGUGAUCCAUGGCUCGACAAUCCUGUGCCUGAUUAGAGCAGUUGGAACGUAAUAACAGUUUAGGGUGCCACAAGGAGUUCAUCAAGCCGGUGGUUUUUAAUAGCAUUACCAGGCGGUCAUCCAACGGAUGGCGGGAUAGUUGAUCAUAAUUUGUUCUGCUAUGG